CCACCCUCUGAGGGAGGAGAACAUAACAUUUGUUCAUUUUAAAAGUUAUUACAUCAGAGUAAAACUGAUUUUCCAAGCAAGCUGUUUGUAAGAGGUAGCCAGGAAGAAAUACUUUUAUUUGUGAAUGGAUUUCAGUUUAUAUACUGACUUGAAGUCUGACUUCAAACAUGUCUGAGGAAAAUAUAUAUCAUACCUUAGGAAAUGAAUUUACCAUCUGGUCAACUUGCAUUUUGGAAGGAUGGUCAGGGUUUAUUGUAUAUCCCUUAACUUUGAUAAUUUUAUAUUAUCCCAUUUUAUCUAUGUUGUCUCUCAUGUAUCUAUACACUGCAAUAAUGUUUGCAUGGAAAAUGCUUGGCAAUCUGCCAGAUGAUACCGAGAGCAAAAAAUGGGACAAGCCAAAGAAAUUUUUGGCCCUGGCAGCUAAGUGGCAUGGGAAAAUUCUGCACGGUUAUGAGGUUUCUGGAGUAGAAAAUCUACCAAAAGAACCAGCAAUCUUUGUUUUUUACCAUGGAGCUUUUCCAAAGGACAUCUAUUUUUUUGUCCAUAAGAUGUAUAGACUUACUGGGAAAUUUUGGUAUUGUGUGAUGCAUCAUGCUCUUUUUUGUCUACCAGGACUAACUCUGUACUUUGACCUUCAACACAACGUUCAUCCGACAAGAGAACAGAGCGUAGACAUUCUGAAACAAGGGAACCACCUGAUCAUUGUACCAGGAGGACUGCGAGAGCAGAACUAUGGAAAUAAUCAUUACAAACUAAUAUGGGGGAAACGGAAAGGAUUUGCUCAUACAGCCAUCGAUGCAAAAGUGCCAAUCGUACCUAUGUUUACACAAAAUAUUAGAGAAGCAUAUGUAACAUAUGGAAAUAUACGACCAAUGAGAUGGUUAUAUGAGCGAAUGCCAUGGUUUACCUUUCCAUUAUGUGGAUUGUUUCCAGUUAAACUUAUAACCCAUAUUGGAAAACCAAUUCCAUAUGAUCCAAAUAUAUCUGCUGAAAAAUUAGCUGAAAAAACUCAAAGGGCAAUAGAGGCUUUACGGGACAAACACCAGGAAAUCCCAGGAAACAUAUUGCGUGCUCUAAGGCAACGUUUUGAGACAUGUAACAAAGAAAAACAGUGAUAUAACAACAAUUGUGUGUGUGUGUGCGUGCGUGCAUGUUUAGAUAACAUAUGUGAAUGUGUAGUUUUUAGUUCCCCAAUGAACCUUUGUUAAAAUAAAUAAAAAUGAAAGAUUGAGAUGGGGAAGAAUAUAUGUUUAUUUCAAUGUGUUUAAAUCCCCAACAUCAGAAUAAAUUUCAUUUGAAAAUA